AGGCAGUUUUGUUUUGUUUCUGGAUGGUUGUUGAAUAGAUAUAUAAUACUCGAUGAAGAGAUUCUCUCUCAACCACUGAUUAACCACCAGUACUGAUUUGGCGCUUAUGUUCAGGCUACAGGUAAUUGUCAUUCCUUCCAAUGCUUUCUCCGAUCCUCAGCAGAUAUCAUCGAGCCUCAACGACUCCAUUCAAAAGAGCUCCUAUAACCAUUCUCUGGUCCAUCUUUACAAUGCACUUCUUCCUUCAGGAAAAAACCAUCUUCUAUCAGUGGCUAAUCGUCAGAGGCCUGCUAUUUCUCAUUGGCCUGAUUCUAGUAUAAAAGUUUACAGAAAGUUUCUUCACCUAACCAACUCAUACAAUUCUGUGUUGCGGCUAAUAUUCGAAAUCAGAGAAAGAUUCUUUAAAUUAUACCCCAGUGAUAAGGAAUUUUCAAUCCACACUGUGAGAGAUGUUCAAUCCAAUGACAUCGAUCCUGAUUAUAGUGUAAAUCAAAUCUUUGGCAAUAAUAAUAUAAUCCAGAUCAUUUUGAAUAAUGAGCUACAAUCCAUCGAUCCUAGAUCUAUUCAGCCUUCUCCCAACACUAAUGGGCCGAACGAAUCAAAUUUGUCAUUGAAAAGAAAAUAUUUCGAGCAAGUAACAGAUUCAUCUGAAAAGAUAACAGAUUCAUCUGAAAAGAUAACAGAUUCAUCUGAAAAGAUAACAGACUCAUCUGAAGAGAAAACAGACUCAUCUGAACUGCCAAAAAAUUCAUCAAAUCUACUUCAAGACUACUUGAAUGAAAACGCUGCAGUUCCAAAUAACCAAUCAAAGCUGUUAUUACCUGCAUCAAACCAGAAAAAAUUGGUUUCUUUUUCAAAUAAUGUUGAAUUUGAAAAUAAAUCACUGCAUAAUAUUAAUAAUUCAAUUUCAAGAAAUAAAAAACAAAAAAAAUCUGACGAUUCUCCCAUUUUUAUUAAAAAGAUCUCAUCAAGAGACAAUUCAGCAUUAUCUAUUGCAAAUGAUCUUUCAAACUCAAAACUAAAAUCUUUACACCAAAAGGAUACAAUCAAAAAUGAAUCAAAUAAAUCGAAUAAUUUAGAAAAAAUCUCAAUUCCAGAAAACCCAAAUGAGAAAAAUAAAAUGGAUAAUCUAACUAGUUCUUUAAAAGAAAUUAUUCCUAAAAAGAAUGAUAAAUCUGUCCGAAGUUUAACUCAAAAUCAACCUGAAAAAAACAUUAAUAAUAUAGAAAAAAAAAUUGAUAAUACUAAAGAUCUAAAGCAAAACAAUAUAAAUCAGAAAACCAAGAAAAAUAAUACCAAAAAUAAUAUCAAUAAUAAUAUCAAUAAUACUAAUAAUACUAAUAAUAUUGAAAAUUUAGAAAAGGAAAAUAAGGCCGAAAAAGAAAACAAGAUUGAAAGAGAAAAUAAGAUUAAAAAAGAAAAAGAGAUUGAAAAACCAUCAAAACCUAAUACCUACAAUGAUAUCAAAAACCUUGAGCAAAGCAAAAAUACCAAAAAGAUAGCGAAUAAUGAUCAUACUAAAACCACCAAAGAAAAUAUUAAUAUCGAAAUGGCUAAGAAAAUAAAUAAGCCUAAAACAACAAAAAAAAUUACCAAUAAUAAAAAAACCGUAAAUAAUACAAAAACUAAGAAUAUGAAAAAAAGUAUGAGUGAUAAUCAGAUAACUGAAAGGAAUAAUGAUAUUUCAAUUGAUGUUUCCUCUCAAGAAAAAUCAAUUGACAAAAUUAAAGCACCAAAAAGAUUGACCAGGGCAAAAUCCACAAAAAUAGAGUCCAAGACUACAACUCAUGAAAAGUCAGUUGAGCCUUCUGCCAAAACGAAACAAAAAACUAAUACAAUUGGUUCCGACACUACUUUAACUAAAAAACUACGCACUAAAGAAAAAGCUAAAAAAUCAUCUCCAAUAAAAAAAGAAGUUCUCAAUAAAAGUAAAAAAAAAGUUGAUACUUUAAACACAAAAAGCCCACUUCCAAUAAAUAAUCUUCAAUCUAAUUUAAAUCUAAAGAAAAAACAACUUGAAAACAAAAGCAGGCAGAUGAGAAAUCCUCAAAAUUUUAUAAAUGCAAUGCCCUUUGCAGAUACUCGACUUGAUUAUUUAAACUACUCUACCUUUUCUUUGCCAUUUUAUUCCUCUUCUCCUCAGAAGGCACCGGAUGUAAAUGUAUUGAAUAAAAACCUCGAUAGUCCAAGCAAAGGUUUAAAUCUGGGUAAAAAUGAUGAUAGUUCGAAUGAUAUUGAUAUAUCGUUUUCCGACUCAUUUUCGAGUGACAAUUUGAUGGAAGACACAUUAAGUGAAAAAUCUAAAAACAAAAUUAGCAAUAAAACUUUUGAAUUAGAAUUAAAUGAUGGUAAUGAAAGCAGUUUAAAAGAACAGAACCACUUUUUAAGCUUUAAUGAGAACAUGGCUUUAAGUGAUGUUUCAAGAAUUGUAGCAGAAAAAGCCAAUGAAAAGAUGUUGAAAAAUUUUUAUAUGCUGUUUGUUGAUUGUGAAAAUUCUAAAGCCAAUAAUUCUGUUGAAGUGUCGCCUAAUAAGUUAAAAAUUAAAUUGGAUAAGUAUCCUCUUCCCAAAUUCAAUGAUAAAAUGAAUGAAAAACUAGAAAACCAGUUAGCAGAUUCUAAAGGAGAUAAAAAGAUAUUUACAAAAAUUCAAAAAAUUUCAAAGAAACCCAUUAGUUUUCCAAAUACAAUAAAUAAAGCGAAUAAAAAAAAUUCAAAACCGGAAAUAUCAUCUCCAAUCAAAAACAAGCGGAAUUCUACAGAUAAGGAAACAUCAACAAAGAAGGCCAAAACACCAAAAAUUGGAAAAAUUGAUAAAAGUAAAUUUAAAGAGUUUCACCCAUCUCCAAUACCAACAUCAUCGCCAUUUAAAGGGCUUCCGUCAAAUUUUCGAAGGGCUAUUCCAACCAGAUUAAAAGUGGAUCUGUUGCUCAGUAGCCCCACAAAAUACACUCGUGAAAAUAAAGCUGGGGUAAACACAAAAAGGCUUGAUUUAUCCAAAAUUAAGGUGAAAGCGUUGAACGAUUUGACAGAUAUAGCUUCAGCUAAGGAGGAUGACACCAAAAUAGACGAUGAGAAAUUCCAAAGGCUAGGAGCUGACAAAUUUCUUGAUGCAAAAAUAGCAGAGACCAUAUUGAAAGGACAUAACUCAAAAUCCCCAAAAAAUCAAAAGAAAGAUUUUAAUUCCAAAUUCAAAGAUUUAUUAAGAGGUAGUUAAGUAGUUUUUAGCAUUUUAUAACAUAGGACCAGAAUUACUAGAUACGGUAUUUUGUUGCCGCAUUCGACUGUGUUUGUGUGGCAUUUGUUUAAUUUUCUGCU